AAUGAUGGAUGCAUAAAAAUAACCACCGUAGAAGAGGCCGCUUCCUUUCAGCUCCACCGCCAUCGAUCGAUCGUCUACCCUCUCCGAUUAGUAACAGCCACCAUCAAAUCUCCCUCGCCGGUCACCGCAGCCUCGGCCGUGACAGAACAGAGCAUGGACGCUCAUCACCACCAAUCGAACUUCUCUCCUGCUCUUCCUCUCUCGUCUAACGCAUCGGAGAUUCCUUCUAAGCUAACGAUUUCACACUCUGGCAGGAAAAUUUCACGACGACCACCACGAUACACUCACGAUGCGGUCGAUUCAUGGAGACUCGAUCAUACGAUUGUUCUGUAUUGCCUUUUGCCGAGAGCUUCGAAUUGUUCUCUCAACUGUUGUCUGUUAUUUGGUCUCGGAUUCGUCGAUUCCUCUCUAGCAGUUUUUUAGCGGGAUUUCUCAUGUUUAUAUUCCUCGCCAAUUGAUAGGAAUUCCUAUUUGUAGAACAUCUCACCCUUCAUGAUCACCACCUGUUCGACGUUUUGCCUCAGAGAUGAUAAUGAUGAAUUUUUUUCCUCGUUGAUCAAUCUGAGAUCGCAUAGAGUGGAUUUGGAUGUUGUUGUUCGACAUGCUGAUCAUAUAUAUUGCGAAUUGAUGCUUCAUCCUUUGAUGGCAA